AUGGCCGUGCAAGCGGCUCCGCUCCCGCCUCCCCACCACCAUCCCUUCGUCCCCUUCGGCUUCCCGCCGGCCGAUUUCGAGGGAGGCGGCGGCGGCGGCGGCGGAGCGCUGCUGCUGCUGGAAGGCGUCGGCGGGGCCCACAGCGGAGGCGGCGGCAUCGCUUCUUGCACCGACCCGGGCGACUUCCGCGAGGCGACCCGCGAGCUGCUCAGCUUCAUCGACUCGGCCUCCAGCAACAUCAAGCUGGCCCUGGACAAGCCGGGCAAGUCCAAACGGAAAGUCAACCAUCGCAAGUAUCUGCAGAAGCAGAUCAAGCGCUGCACCGGCCUCAUCGGCGGGGCGUCCGCCAACCCGGAGGCCGCCGCCGCCGCCGUCUCCGCCUCUUUCGCCGCGGCAGCUCCCGGUCCGGUUCCCGCUUCGGCCGCCAACGCCACCAAGCCAGCGUCGACGUUGACGGCGCCCUCUAGCGGCGGCGCGGCAUCGUCCUGCAGGCCUGCGGCCAAACGCGAGAGCCACGCGCUGCAGAGCAAAAGUUUAGCGGCGCUUUUCGACGCCUUGCGCUCGCCGGGUUUGGAGCGAAAGGGAUCCCCGACGGCCGCGGCAAGCGCGGCGGCGGCGGCUGCUCCCGCCGCCGGGCUGGGGAGCGACGUGGGCGGCAAGGAGGCCGGGUCUAGCCCGGCGGCGGCGGCGGCGGGGGGCGCCUGCAAGAAGGUGCCUCUGCGGAACCGCAACCUGCCCGUCUCCUUCUUCACCGAGCCGGCCCCGCCAAGCCGGGCGCCCAAUCCGGCCGGUUUGGAAGAAGCCGUCCCGUCGGUGGCCGAGGAGCUUUUCGAUCUGCUGGCCGCCGCUCCCGAUUACCGCGCCUUGCUGCAGGAGUCCGCGGAGCCGCCGGCCGUCUUUCCGGGCCCCGUUUUGCAAGCGGCGGCGGAGCUGCCGCUGGAGCCGCCGUUGUACGAGCCGCUGCCGUCGCUGGCGCCCCUGCUGUAUGCCGAGCCCCCCUUGCGCCCCCUGCCGGCCCUCUACGCCGCCGUCGCCGCCGCCGCUUCGGAUCCCGCGGCGCCCUUCUUUGCGGAUUGCCCGCUGCCCCCUCCCCCGGCCGUGCCCUACGAUUACGGCUACAAUCGGGGGGUGCCUUACCCCAGCCUUUAG